GCUAUUCCGCACUUCUUCUUCUGGCUGUUGAGUGUGACGUGUACGCGUAGCAAGACCCGAGAUCUAAUAUUUUACAAAUUUUGUUUUCCGUUUUUAAAGUAAUUUUACACCAAAAUGGGUUCGUUUCGCCGCGAUAAAGACGAGGAGGAGGAUGGUCCGACGAACAUCUACCAGAAUCUGGAGAAAACUUCUGUGCUGCAGGAGACUCGCACUUUUAACGAGACACCGGUUAAUGCGCGCAAAUGUAUCCACAUUUUGACCAAAAUACUCUACCUGAUAAAUCAGGGCGAGCAGUUGGCUGCACGCGAAGCAACGGAUUGCUUCUUUGCCAUGACCAAGUUGUUCCAGUCAAAAGAUGUUGUACUGCGUCGCAUGGUUUAUCUGGGAAUCAAGGAGCUGAGCUCCAUUGCCGAGGAUGUCAUCAUUGUAACCAGUUCGCUGACCAAGGACAUGACCGGCAAAGAAGAUCUGUACCGUGCCGCCGCCAUACGCGCUCUCUGCAGCAUCACGGAUCAUACCAUGCUCCAAGCUGUCGAGCGUUAUAUGAAGCAAUGCAUUGUAGACAAAAACGCUGCCGUCUCCUGCGCGGCUCUGGUCAGCUCCCUGAGAUUGGCCACCACUGCUGGUGAUGUAGUAAAACGCUGGGCAAAUGAGGCACAGGAGGCAUUAAAUAGUGACAACAUAAUGGUUCAAUACCAUGCUCUUGGUCUACUAUAUCACAUACGCAAGUCAGACCGCUUAGCUGUCUCCAAACUUGUCAACAAACUCACUCGUAGCUCCAUGAAAAGUCCUUAUGCGGUGUGCAUGUUGAUACGCAUUGCUUGCAAACUCAUUGAAGAAGAAGACAUACCAUCGGAAGAGCUAUCAGACUCGCCUUUAUUCACCUUUAUUGAGUCGUGCCUGCGCCACAAGAGCGAAAUGGUCAUCUAUGAGGCGGCACAUGCCAUUGUAAACUUGAAGAACACCAAUCCGCGCGUACUCUCGCCGGCCUUCUCCAUUCUACAGCUCUUCUGCAGCUCGCCCAAGGCCACGUUGCGUUUUGCCGCAGUACGUACUCUAAACAAAGUCGCCAUGACACAUCCGGCUGCAGUGACUACCUGUAACCUGGAUCUGGAAGGUCUUAUCACCGACUCUAAUCGUUCAGUGGCUACUUUGGCCAUCACCACACUGCUUAAAACCGGAGCUGAGUCAUCUGUGGAGCGCUUGAUGAAGCAGAUAUCAUCUUUUGUAGCCGAAAUAUCUGACGAGUUUAAAAUCGUUGUGGUGCAAGCCAUUUGUGCGCUUUGUACAAAGUAUCCACGUAAGCACACUGUUUUGAUGAACUUCUUAAGUGGAAUGCUGCGUGAGGAAGGUGGCUUGGAAUACAAGACUUCAAUUGUGGACACCAUCAUAACAAUUAUUGAGGAGAACGCUGAUGCUAAAGAGUCGGGUCUGUCGCAUUUAUGCGAGUUUAUUGAGGACUGCGAGCAUGUCUCUUUAGCAGUACGCAUAUUGCAUUUGUUAGGGAAGGAGGGACCCUUUGCAGCUACUCCCUCUAAGUACAUACGAUUUAUCUACAAUCGUGUCAUCUUGGAAAGCCCCAUUGUGCGAGCCGCUGCUGUUACGGCACUGUCCCAAUUCGGCGCCUCAUGCCCGGCUUUGCUGAGCAACAUUCUUGUUCUACUUGGGCGCUGUCAAAUGGAUCCCGAUGAUGAGGUUCGCGAUCGUGCGACCUAUUAUCUGAGUAUACUAAACUCUGAGAAACCAGAGUUAUAUAAAAACUAUAUCAUUGAACGAGAAAACUGCUCAUUGGCUUUGUUGGAGAAGGCACUCUCCGAUCAUUUGAAUGGUGAACUGAACAGCCGCUUCGACAUUUCCAUUGUGCCCAAGGCUGCUAUUGUCAAGGAGGAGAUCAGCAACGACAUGAUGUUAAUCACGAACACGCCACGCGUACCAAAGAUCACGCGGGAAGAGGAAAGUGCCGCUCGUCUCGCCCUGCUGCCAGGUAUACAAGUGCUUGGACCCAUUCAUCGCACCACCGCGCCCAUUCAACUCACCGAGAGCGAGACCGAGUACACUGUGCAGUGCAUAAAACAUAUUUUUGCGCAGCACGUAGUAUUUCAAUUCGAUUGUCUCAACACACUGUCUGAGCAGUUCUUGGAGAAUGUACGCGUUGACCUCACGCUGCCCGAAGGAUAUACGACACGAGCCGUAAUACAAUGUCCCAAAUUAGCCUACAAUGAGUUGCAGACCACAUUUGUCAUUGUCGAAUUUCCGCCAGAUGCGGCCAGUUCCGUUGCGUCCUUUGGGGCGACUUUGCGUUUCGUGGUGAAAGAUUGUGACCCUGUAACCGGUGAACCGGACUCGGAUGAGGGCUAUAAUGAUGAGUAUAUGCUGGAGGAUCUAGAGAUCACAGUAGCCGAUCAGAUACAGAAGACGAAAAAGAAUAACUUCCAGGUGGCCUGGGAUGCAGCUGACAGUGAGGAGUGGCUACAAGCCGAAGACACCUUUGUGCUUUCCGCCGUCAGCACCUUGCAGGACGCCGUCAAUUCGAUCGUUAAAAUACUGGGCCUGGGUGCGGCAAAUCUAUCUGAAAAAGUGCCCGAAGGCACGCACCUGCAUACGCUUCUCUGUUCCGGCAACUUUAGGGGCGGCGCCGAAGUCCUGGUGCGUGCCAAGCUGGCUUUAUCAGAAGGUGUGACACUGAAUCUGACCGUGCGCAGCACAGAUCAAGAUGUAGCUGAGCUUAUAACUGCAGCUAUCGGAUAAAAAAGCGAGCCAUGCAGAAAUCUCAUCUGGUUUCUGCGUGCAAUUAACAUGUUAUAAGAAAGAAAAACUUAACAAUAAAUUAAUCAAAAAUAUAAUUUGUAA